AUGCUUUCCCGAAGAUACACUGGCCAAAUGGCCAUGAAAGCGAACCGCUUGCUGAUCUCUCAGUAUCAUCCCAUUACUCAACCGCUUCUGCCAGCCUCACGACGCACGCUCCACACCGUGAUCAACCUCGAACCACCAAAAGAAGCGAAGGAGGAGGCCAUCGAUUUCGAAAGGCAGAUCCUCAACCCUGAACGAACGGAGACUUGUAAAACAGGGACCGACGAUGAGGUCGGCCAUCACAAGGCCUCCUAUGAUCCGCUAAUAACCACCCCCGAAAGCGAGUACCUGGCCGACGAAGAGGAGUGUAAACUCGACGGAAAGGGACACCAUCCGUUGUUUGUCAGCCCGGCAAAUACUGAGGUCAGUCAUUUACUGGACCCUAUGGUUGGCGGGGCCGUCCACAGUGCCGAUAGACUGGGCCCCAGUGCGCAGGGCUGGACUAGGAAACACAAGGAAAUCCGCAUUAAAGAUGUCCCUGGAAGUCAGUAUGAGCGGUAUGAGAAGAUGUUGCGGGAGCUAAAGAUGAAGAAUAUGAAGCAAAGGUCCGUGCUUUUUCCACUUCCCGAAUAG